AUGCCACCGCCAGGAGACUCGACAUGGAUGCAUGUGCUGGCUGGAAGUCCAGAUCCACCGCCCCUCCACCCCCUCAAGUCCCACCAGCCAAGCGCACACCGGGGCCAGACCUAUGAUAUCGAUGCUUUCAUGGCAGAAGCAACUUCUCUACAGGCCCUUCGAGGGCUCCGGUUUUCGUACUAUACUAAGGCGGUCCAUAAUUUCCAGAAAUCCAUCCAUAUCUGGUUCCAUGGCCGUCGAUUAAACCAAUGUCAACAUAUUCGGUUUGGAGAGGGACUUCAUCAUCAGCAGCUAUGGCUCUAUAUCGCGUUUCCACAUAUGCCUUAUAACGGCAACACCUACCUAACUGACCGCCAGCAUGCUCUCUGGAUCGACCAUAUUGUUCUUCCCUCACUUCGGGAGAUUAUGCCAUGGACAUCAAUCCAACAUUUACCACCGACGUGGGAAUGUGGUGUUGCAAAAAUGCGGGCCGGCCACAAGGAGCAUCGAACCUGGGACAAGGGCGGGCAGCACGCGAUCCAUUAUCCAGUCCCAGAGAAAUAUCUGGCGGAAUUAUGGGAACACAUGCUUGCUAAGCUGACAAACCCUUAA